CCAAGCACAUCUAAUCCAUCAAACUAUAUAAUCAAGGUAACCGCAAAAAUCAAUGACAGAAACAGCAUCAAGCAACGAACAUAAACUGUUCCUAUAACUGUACACUUCUACAAUUAUCUAGUUUCAUCGCUCCAAUUCGAUUUGCACUCAUGGCUUUCAGGCCUACGAUGAGUACUUGGAUAGCAAUGUUGAAUGGUUUCCGUGGAGGCAAAGCUGCAUACACAACCUCAACAGUGCCAAAGAUGAAGGCUUAUGCUCCUACGACGGAUUACCACCACCACCGUCAACCUGGGAAGUCAUCAGGGAAAAAGGACUUCGUGCCCGUCUAUGUGGCGGUUGGAUUGAUAGCCAUGGCCUCAGCGUUCGGCCUCCACACGGCGUGGCAGCAACUGAGGAACUCGCCCGGUGUGCGGGUGAAGAAGCAGAGGAGGGAGACUCUGCCGGAGGUGGUGGAGCCGGAUCACGUGGCCGGGGAAGCUGACAAGUUUCUCAAGCAAUCGUUCUUCAGGAAAAUUGCUCACGUGCAGGAGCGUAGCUACCCUGAUCAUAACCAGAUGCCUGAUCCAACUCGCAAAGAUGCCUACGCCUAUGAACCUCGUGUUGAGACUCUCAAGUCCGUUGGGGUUGACCCAUCGCACGUGUGAUGAUGUGGAGAUUGGAGAUUAUGUUGUGUUUACUGGUGUAAUCAUUCUCAUUGAUUGUGAUGCACUUAACUGGUGUUCACAGUCACACACUAAAUAAUUAGUGAAGUUUUUAAGUGUUGUAAUUCCUUUUAAUCAUGAGGGCAGGCUGUAAAUAGAACUCUAAGGUGACUUUAAUUAUAGCAUUGUAGUUUCAUGUUUUAAUGAUAUGACUUUAAUUAUUUGAA